AUGUCUCUAGGUUCAGAGAAGAACAGUGAUCGCCACUCCCCUGGCAAGGAGGAGGAGGGCGUUGCUACCCAGAGUGAUAGCCCUACCAACGAGAACUCCGUUCCCUUCGUUUCAGAAGAGACAGAGAAGCGUAUUCUCACGAAGCUUGAUAGACGAAUCAUUCCAUGUGUAUGCUGGAUCUAUCUCAUGAACUUCAUGGAUCGAGUCGGAAUUGGUAAUGCUCGUCUUUAUGGUCUUGAGGAGGAGCUCAACCUGAGUGCAAACCAAUACCAACUCGCUGUGUCUAUUCUCUUCGUCACAUACUGUUUAUUCGAGACACCUUCCAACCUCAUCAUCAAGAAGAUGCAGCCUGCUAGAUACAUCGCGGGACUUGUCUUCUUCUGGGGUAUUGUGGCUAUCUUCACCGGAUUCGUCAGCAGCUUUGGCUCUUUAGUAGCCUGCCGUCUCCUCCUCGGCACUUUCGAGGCCGGUCUCUUCCCUGGAAUUAUGCUGUAUCUCACCAUGUUCUACCACAAAAAGCACAUCUCCCUUCGCAACGCCUACUUCUACUCCAUCUCUGCCAUCUCCGGUGCCGUUGGUGGUCUCGUGGCCCUGGGCAUUGGUGAAUUGGAUAACUACGAUGGUCCGGGUCAGGGUGCUGGAGGAUGGCGAGCCUGGCGAUGGAUCAUCACCAUCAACGGUAUCCCCACCGUCCUGACCGCCUUCGUGAUCCCUUUCAUCCUCCCCAACACCCCCGAAACAGCCAAGUUUCUCAGCAAUGAAGAGCGUCAGGCUCUUUUGGACGUCCGGGCUGCCGAGAUCGGUCAGACCACAUCUGGUCAAGAGCUACACAAGGAGGACGUCAUGGCCGGAGUCAAGGACUGGACCAUCUGGGCGCUGUCAAUUGCCCAGUUCUGCAGUCACUCGGUCCUGUACAGUUUCAGUGUCUUCUUGCCUACAAUCAUCAAGGAAAUGGGCGACUGGAGUCCCAAGCAGGUCCAGGGUCUUACAGUCCCCGUGUACGCUGUUGGUUUCGUGACCUACUUGGUCUGCGCGAGGAUCAGUGAUCGUAUCCAGCAGAGAGGUAUCUUCUGUAUCGGUGGUGGAUUGACUAUGAUCUUGGGCUACAUCCUUCUUAUUGCCAACCAAAGCCAAGCCAUGAGUUUCGCAGGCUGCUUCAUCGUUGCCAUUGGACUGUGGACUGGCUCUGGAUCGGGUAUGGCCUGGAUCACUGUCAACCAGCCACGAUAUGGUAAGCGUGCAUUCGCCAGUGGUAUCUUCAUCACUAUUGGAAACUCUGCCGGUGUCGCUUCCCCAUUCCUUUUCGAGGACAAAUACAAGCCCACAUACCGUCCUGGUUACGGAGCUUCCAUCGGCAUGCUAGUCCUUGCCGUCUGCAUCCACACUGCAGUCUACCUGCACUUCAAGAAGCUCAACAAGAGAAAGCUUUCGGGUCAAGAAGACUGGAGAAUUGAGGGCAAGACUGAGGAGGAGAUAAACGAGAUGGGCGAGCAUAACCCUCGCUACAUGUACACUCUGUAA